GCCCCACCUCUUCAGCCUCGACUCUGAGGCGCCUUGUUAGCACGGAGGCAGCAGCAGCUCGAGCCGGAUCCGAACGUAGGGUGGCCGGAGAAGGCGGCGGCGGCUGCAGCGGAGAAGGCGCGGGCUCAGCGGGGCUUAUUCCCGCGCCGCUCUCGGGCCUCGAGUUUGCCGGGAAGCCUCCGCUGGGCGCUGGCGGCGGGCACGAUGCGGCGGAGGCCGGGCCCGGGGCGGCAGCUGCUGCUGCUGCUGUUGCUGCUGCUGGGGGCGGGCGCGGCGGCGGCGCGGGGCGCGGGGGAGCCCGACAGCUCCCACUACCCGCAGGGCGAGCACCGAGCCGACUACGACCGGGAGGCGCUGCUGGGCGGCCAGGCAGAAGCAGAUGAAUAUGAAAAACUCAGCCCAGAAGAGCAGCAGAAAAGACUGAAGUCAAUCAUUAAGAAAAUCGAUGUGGAUGGUGAUGGGUUCCUUACUGAAAAUGAACUCAGCACAUGGAUUCAGAUGUCCUUCAAACACUACGCCAUGCAGGAGGCAAAGCAGCAGUUUGCCGAGUAUGACAAAAAUAGCGAUGGCGUGGUGACGUGGGCCGAGUACAACAUUCAGAUGUACGACCGGGUCAUCGACUUCGAUGAGAACGCUGUUCUGGAUGAUGCGGAGGAGGAAUCUUUUAGGCAGCUUCAUUUAAAGGACAAGAAACGAUUUGAAAAAGCGAAUCAAGAUGCAGUUCCUGGUCUGAGCCUUGUCGAAUUUAUUGCUUUUGAGCAUCCUGAAGAGGUUGAUUACAUGACGGAAUUUGUCAUUCAAGAGGCUCUGGAAGAGCAUGACAAGAAUGGUGAUGGAUUUGUUAGUUUGGAAGAAUUCCUUGGUGAUUACAGACGAGACCCAACUGCAAAUGAAGAUCCAGAAUGGAUACUUGUUGAGAAAGACAGAUUUGUGAAUGACUAUGACAAAGAUGGGGACGGGAGGCUUGAUCCCCAGGAACUUUUAUCUUGGGUGGUGCCCAAUAACCAGGGUAUCGCACAAGAAGAGGCUCUUCAUCUAAUUGAAGAAAUGGAUUUGAAUAAUGACUCCAAGCUUUCGGAGGCAGAAAUCAUUGAAAAUCAAGACUUGUUUCUUACCAGUGAAGCUACUGAUUAUGGCCGGCAGCUACAUGAUGAACAUUUCUACCACGAUGAGCUUUAGAGGCCAGCGUUGCUCUCUGUCUGGGUGUGUCUGCAGUGGUGACAGCUUUGCCAUGUGUUACCAGCCUGACUGUGGGGAUACGGUGUCAAUCUUAGGGUUUCCAAUCUAAGUUUUGCUAUGCUCAAACAUUUUAGAUUAUGAUCUUGGCCUUUUAGCAGAAAAAUGAAAUGAAAACCAGGUGUGAGUUUUAAAAUUGUAUUUAAGAAAACCGAAAUUAAUGUUUUGCCAAAUGAAUAAGUUGAACUGUUCCUAAAUAUUCCCUAAUGUAGUCGUUAUAGAUGGAGCAUUUGAGUUAUAGUACCAUACUUGAAUAAAAUGGAGGAUUUAAAUGAUGUCUGAACAUUAUAAUGUAAGUAAUAAGUGACUGAGGUACCAGUAAUUUUUGUUUAGUUUUAUGUAGAUUUUAAUAAUUUUGAAAUGGAAGGAAAAUGGACAAUGCUUAGGUUUAGUGUUUGUGUUAAAACCUUCGAAGGAACUUCCUAACUUAUACCUCACAUAUUAAGGUGGAGAGGUUCUGCUUAAUUUUUAAACUGGUUUCUAUAGAGGGUUUAUUGUAUGAAAUAGAACUUUAUAUUUUUGCAUAUGUAUAGAUAGUCAUUAUAUUUAAUGUACAACUCUAUAGCAUUUUGGUGUGUGGAAUUUAACAUUGUCCAGAACCUUUUGCAUUUUUGACUGAUUAAAAAGGAAAUG